ACCGUUGCUAAGGAAUCCCGAGUACGCGCGAGUGGGUCGGAGGCGCGCAGCUCGAGCGCUGCUCUCAGUGCUCAGACAUGGCGGCGGACCUCAAUCCAGAGUGGCUGUCUUGCCUGCCUUCCUCAUGGAGUUACGGCGUGACCCGCGACGGACGCGUCUUCUUUAUCAAUGAAGAAGCGAAGAGCACAACCUGGCUGCAUCCAGUCACGGGAGAAGCCGUCAUUACAGGGCACAGAAAAACUCCAGAUUUACCCACCGGAUGGGAAGAAGGAUAUACGUUCGAAGGAGCCCGCUGCUUUAUCAAUCACAAUGAGCGAAAGGUGACCUGCAAGCAUCCCGUCACAGGCGUUCCUUCACAAGACAACUGCAUCUUUGUCGUCAACGAACAACCAGCGACCAAAGCACCAGCGGCCGAGAAGAAAGAACGUCCAACCAGCACCAUGAGUGAAGCGUCGAACUACACGGGCGGCUCAGACUAUACCACACAUCCCAGCAGUCCCACAACCAGACUGUCCAGGUCCUCAAAGAAAGUCCACAACUUUGGCAAGAGGUCCAACUCCAUCAAGAGGAACCCCAAUGCCCCGGUGGUGAGAAACGGCUGGCUUUACAAACAGGACAGUACUGGAAUGAAGAUGUGGAAGAAGAGAUGGUUUGUUUUGUCUGACAUGUGCCUCUUCUACUAUAGAGAUGAGAAGGAAGAGGGAAUCUUGGGAAGUAUCCUCCUGCCCAGCUUCCACAUCUCCAUGCUGUCUGUGGACGACCACAUAAGCAGAAAAUACGCCUUCAAGGCGACGCAUCCAAACAUGCGGACGUACUAUUUCAGCACUGACACAGCCAAAGAAAUGGAGUCCUGGAUGAAGGUUAUGACGGAUGCAGCAUUGGUCCACUCUGAGCCAAUCAGAAGGCUUGAGAAGGUAAAGGUUGACUCACGCUGCCCUCAAGAGAUGAACAACAUGCUGAAUCACAGAGUCCUGACCCGACCCGAGAUCCAAAACAACGAGAGAAACCGUGAGACGCUCCACCAGGAGGAGAAGAAGCAGAAAGCCGUGGACAAGCAGGAGAAGGACGGCAGGGUUAGCGUGCAGAAAGAUGGAGAGCGAUACACCCUCCAGAGGGACGCAGACAACUACACUCUGCACAAAGACGCUCAGAGACUCGCUCUGCAGAAGGACGGAGACCGAUACAUGCUGCAGAAAGACGGAGAGAAAUACGCCGUCCACAAAGAUGGAGAGAAGUACCUGCUGCAGAAGGACGGACAGAAGUACACGCUACACAAAGACGGAGAUAAUUUCACGCUUCAGAGGGAAGGCGAAAAAUACGCUCUGGCGAAAGACGGCGAGAAGAUCCUGCAGAAAGAUGCAAGAUGCAAAGACCCGGAGAAACCCGUCCCGCCGCCGAGGGAGGGCGAGAAAUACGGCUUCCAGAAAGAGGGCGCUGUGGAGCGGCCGCUCACCAAGAUCAACAGCAUCAAACUCCAUCCGGCUCAGGCGGCAGCCAUCGCUGCGGCCGUCUCGUCCUCCCGACAGCUCCAGAGCGCAGCGGGAUCCGGUCAGUACAAGCCGGCCCAGGUCAACGGUUCUGGGGAACGAGGAGGAGACAGAAGCCCCGGAGACAUGAGCAACACGAUGCCCCAGAGGACGACGGUGCCGCCACAGUCCGCAGAACCAGAGCGAACCCUGAGCAGAACCAACUCCAUGCAGCAGCUGGAGCAGUGGGUCCGCACGCACCGCACACGGGCCCCGGAUGACGACACCAGGAGUAUUACGUCCUACCAAACGUUGCCGAGGAACAUGCCGAGCCACCGCGCGCAGAUCGUCCCGCGCUAUCCCGAGGGCUACCGGACGCUCCCACGUAACAUGCUGCGGCCGGACAGCAUCUGCAGCGUGGCGGGGUCGAUGUACGACCGGGCGCUGCAGCCCACGACUGCAGAGAAGCGGCGCUCCAUACGGGAUGACACCAUGUGGCAGCUGUACGAGUGGCAGCAGAGGCAGGCGCUCGGCCGGAUCGGAUACGGGACGCUGCCCAGCCCCAAAACCAUGGGCCAGAUAGCCGAGUCCAUCCCCACGUCUCCUUCCCAUGGGUCUCUGGCUGGUUACCACACAUUCUCCCCUAACCGACCCCUCAACCCGGAUUCCCGCUCUGAAGUUUCCUCGCCUGUGUUUCGUGGGGACGUGACUAUUGAACGCCGCCACCGACCGCAAAUCUCCAAGUACUCCUUUCCUGCCGAGCGCAGGCCUGUUCCUCCCGCACAGAGCAUCACUGCACAGUCUCUGCAAGGCAAAACGCCAGAGGAACUGACCCUGCUGCUCAUCAAGCUCCGGCGGCAGCAGGCCGAGCUCAACAGCCUCCGCGAGCACACGCUCGCUCAGCUAAUGCAGCUAAACCUCGAUGCCGCCAACCCAAAGAGUGAAAUCCUUUCCCAUCACCUACAGAGGAAUCUCAUGUACUUGGACAGCCAGAUGAAGGAGAAUGAGCCAAUAAUCUUCAUGAUUCACACUAUGAUUGAGAACUCUGCGCCAAGGCCACAACUGUACCAGCAACAGAUUAGUCCUGAAGAGUACAGAGAAAACACCUACUUAUACAGACCCGAGGAGCUGGACAUCGAUGCGAAGCUAAGUCGACUAUGCGAGCAGGAUAAAGUAGUGAGAAAUCAAGAAGAAAAACUGCAGCAGCUCCACAGAGAAAAGCACACGCUGGAGACGGCCUUGCUGUCGGCCAGUCAGGAGAUCGAGAUGAGCGCUGAAAACCCUGCGGCGGUGCAGAGCGUCAUCCAGCAACGGGACGUCCUGCAGAGCGGCCUGCUCAGCACCUGCAGAGAGGUGUCGCGUGUCAACUCCGAGCUGGAGCGGAGCUGGAGGGAGUACGAUCGGCUGGAGGCGGACGUCACAAUGGCCAAAACUAACCUGCUGGAGCAGCUGGAGGCCCUCGGGAGCCCACAGACGGAGCCACCCAGCCAAAAACACGUCCAGAUCCAGAAGGAGCUGUGGAGGAUUCAGGAUGUGAUGGAGGCGCUGAACAAGAACAAACCCAAGAGAAACACAGAACCCAGUUUUCCUGGCGCAAACCCCCUGUCAAGCCUGCAUAAAAGUGAAGAGUCAGAUUCGGUGCCUCCGCGUCCUCCUCUCCCGUACUCGUAUGAGGGGGGAGACCGGCCUCCUCACGCGCCCCGCACCACCCCUCACCGGCCCGAGGACCGCAAGGCCGCCCAGCGCAACGGUGCCCACAGCGGGCCGGAUUACAGACUGUAUAAGAGCGAGCCGGAGCUCACCACCGUAGCCGAGGUCGACGAGAGCAACGGCGAAGACAAAUCUGAGCAGACGGCAGAGAAAGAGCCGCCCGGCAUCAACAAAGGCGUAGUUUACCCCGUCGGAGUGGUCAGUCCCAGGACUAAAUCACCCAUGCCUGAAUCCUCCACCAUCGCCUCUUAUGUCACCUUGAGGAAGAGCAAGAAACCUGAUCCCAGAACAUCCCAGCCGCAGGACCGUCCACGCAGUGCGGUGGAGCACAUGAGCAGCGCUGUCGAGGUGGGACGAACACGCAUGAGUGUGGAGGAGCAGAUGGAGCGAAUCAGGAGGCACCAGCAGGGGGCGCUGCGUGAACGAAGACGAGAGGACGGAUCGCUGUCCCGCAGCCUCUCCUUCACCAAAGACAACCCCUACUACACCCUACAGAUGCGUAAGAAGAGCCCGGCGAUCUCUCCAGAUGAGCAGGACGACCGUAGAGACAUGUCGCCUGAGGAGCAACCACAGCUGACGACCAAACCGACUGAUGCAGAAGAAAACUGCAAGAAUACUGAAGAUGUGCAAUCUGGAAAUGCCAACUUGGAGAACAAGGAGAAAGCGGCCAUGUCCCGAUCGGCCUCCAUUAAAGAGGCUCUUCUGAAGAGCGCGGGUCCUAAACCAGUGCUGAACAAGGACCAAUCAGAGCCCAAACGCACGAGUCCGCUGGACUACCGCAGGACUCUGGCCACUCAGAACAGCUUACAGACGGCCGUCAUGGUGCGCGUGGGCACUGAGGAAGACGAGGAGGAGGAUGAGGAGGAUGAGAAGCCCUCCAGUCAAGAGCAGGACGUGUCAUAUGAGCUGAGCAACAGCAAACACAGCACAGUGAUGUCAGUGAACAGUCUGUCGACUCCGCCCCAAUCUCCAAGCUCCUCCUCCUCCCCCCCGCCUCCGCCCUCCCCCCCACAGCUGACGGACGGAUCGCACUUCAUGUGUGUGUGAGCGGAGAGAUGGACGACAGCCCCUCCUCCGACAUCAGCAGCAUGUGAGGGGACGUCCCGCCGUGAGCCAAACACAUCAUCAUCAUCAUCAUCAUCAUCAGACAGACAGGAAGUGCUGCCCAUCAGCUGCCCGACACACAGCGACGUCCAGGCCUCAGUUCAAACCAUUCUUUUAUAGUGAUUAUUAUUUAUAUUCCUCUUGUUCUCUUGAGUUUUAUUGUUUGAUCGGGUGUGCAGACGCGUCUGAGGUGCUAUCAAACCCUCGCUGAUGUACAUUACAGCGCCCAGACUCACCGUCAACAGGAAGUGGAGCGUAAAAAGCCCAUAAACGCACUGGUUUUAUUCAGACUGCCGAGGGUCACGUUCAUCGUUGGCUUGUUUUAUAUGGAUUUUAAUCAAUCGCUCCCGGUUUUACUUAAGUGUUGGUCGAUGCGAUUUUUAGUACUCAUAUCUUUUGCACUGUCCAACACCCAUCGUUUCUUUUUUGAUAUCAGACGAUUUGUGUAUAAACGAUGUACAACUAUAAACUUUCAAUAAGGUGCCACCGCACUGCUGCCGAUGGACAGGAUUUGUAAAUGAUCUGUAUGUUGGAUAGUCCGCAAUAGCCACCACACUGUUUCCCGACACACUCAUGAAUGUUCCAGCUUACCUUUUAUUUUUCUAUGGCUGAGAUAUAUUUAACUAGAGAGACGAGUACAGAGUAUUAGAGUUUUAAGAAGAGUAUUCCAGAGGUCGGCUUUAGUUUGAGGAGAAUAGCACACGAGGAGCGAGCGUUUUAAAACAGUUGAUAAAGCAAUAAGCAGGGUUUGGUGUUCAACUUUGAUGUAUAAACUGUAAAGUUCAUGAUGUAUAUACUGUACACCAUACAAUGAGCAGAGACGCAGAAGAGGUUAUGUAUCAGAGUCAAUAUGCAAAUGUUCAUAUUUCAUCUGUUUUAUAUCAUGUGAAAUAAAUGUUGAUGUUC